CCCUUUUUAUCCCCCACACCCCAGCCGCCGUUUUCCAUCCAUCCCCCAUCUUCUUCCUCGUCACAGCACCAUCCAUCCAUCCAUCAGCAAAGGAGUCGAAGAAAGAAAGAAAGAAGCCAUCUUUGAUCUGCUAGACAGGCAGCAGCACCAAGUAGCCAUGGCGGCCAAGAACCCCAAGGUCUUCUUCGACAUCCUCAUCGGCCAGGCCAAGGCGGGGCGCGUCGUCAUGGAGCUCUACGCCGACAAGGUGCCCCGGACGGCGGCCAACUUCCGGCAGCUCUGCACGGGCGAGGCGGGCAAGGGCAAGAGCGGCAAGCCGCUGCACUACAAGGGAUCCCCCUUCCACCGCAUCAUUCCGGGCUUCAUGUGCCAGGGCGGCGACUUCACCCGCGGCAACGGCACCGGCGGCGAGUCUGUCUACGGCGAAAAGUUCGCCGACGAGAACUUCCUGCUGCGCCACACGGGCCCCGGCGUCCUCUCCAUGGCCAACGCCGGCCCCGGCACCAACGGCUCCCAGUUUUUCAUCUGCACCGCCAAGACGCCAUGGCUCGACGGCAAGCACGUCGUCUUCGGACAGGUGGUUGAUGGAUACGGCGUCGUCGAGAAGAUGGAGGCCGUCGGCUCGUCCGGCGGCGCCACCGCUCAGCCCGUCGUCAUCGAGGAUUGCGGCCAGCUCGCCGACGAGUAACAAACCGGUUUUUUUUUUAGGUGCUAGUCGUGAUGUAAGAAUAAAUUUACAGAAGAUCUGAUUCCAAGAUUGUGUAUGAUGAUAAACGUUACCAAGGUGUUGGUUUGAGAGAUUU